GAAUCAUUAGAAAUGUAUUUGAAUUAAAAAAAAAAAAAGGUGCGUAGAUAUUUUCUAUAAAAAAAAAGAAAAAAAAAAAAGAAGAGCUCGUUUAUAAAAAUCGUUAUUAAUAACUUUGAACGUUUAACGAGAAACGUCAUUGGAUUUCAACGAAAAGAUAAAAUAUGCCGUCCGACGCGAAAAAGAAACAACAACAGAAAAAGAAAGAAGCCGCUAAGGCUAGACAAUCUGGCAAAAAACCAACUAUCAAUCAAACAAAAUCCGCAGAAGAUGGAAAGGAUCUAAAUGCUGCGUCGGAGGAACCUAUUCAAAAUGGAACUAAUGGAACGACUAUUAGCGUAGAAGAGGCAUUAUGUUUAAAGCUAGAAGCAGAUGCUAGGCUCAAUGCUGAAGCACGUUCAUGCACUGGAUCUCUGGCUUCACAUCCACGAAGUAGAGAUAUAAAAAUAUCAAAUUUUUCUAUUACCUUUCACGGUUGCGAAUUACUACAAGAUACUAUGCUUGAAUUAAAUUGUGGAAGACGUUACGGUUUACUUGGUCUUAAUGGUUCUGGAAAGUCUACUUUAUUGGCAGUACUUGGAAAUAGAGAAGUUCCUAUACCAGAUCAAAUUGAUAUUUUUCAUUUGACCAGAGAAAUGCCCGCUAGCAAUAAAACAGCUUUAGAAUGUGUCAUGGAAGUUGACGAAGAAAGAGUAAGACUUGAGAAACUUGCCGAGGAAUUGGUUGAUUGCGAGGAAGAAGAUGCACAGGAACAAUUAAUGGAUGUAUAUGAACGAUUGGAUGAUAUGGCUGCUGAUACUGCAGAAGCUCGUGCUGCUCAUAUAUUACAUGGUUUAGGUUUUACUCCUCAAAUGCAAAAAACUGCUACCAAGGAUUUUUCAGGAGGAUGGCGUAUGCGUAUAGCUCUUGCUAGAGCACUGUAUGUGAAACCUCAUUUAUUGUUACUUGAUGAACCAACUAAUCAUUUGGAUUUGGAUGCUUGUGUUUGGUUGGAGGAAGAAUUGAAAACGUAUAAACGAAUUUUGGUUAUCAUCUCUCAUUCACAAGAUUUUCUUAAUGGCAUUUGUACAAAUAUUAUACAUGUCAAUAAGAAACAAUUAAAAUAUUACACAGGAAAUUAUGAAGCUUUUGUUAAAACAAGAAUGGAAUUAUUGGAGAAUCAAGCGAAACAAUACAAUUGGGAACAAGAUCAAAUUGCCCAUAUGAAAAAUUAUAUUGCACGAUUUGGGCAUGGUUCUGCUAAAUUGGCAAGACAAGCUCAAUCAAAAGAGAAGACCUUAGCAAAAAUGGUGGCACAAGGUCUUACGGAAAAAGUUGUCAACGAUAAAGUAUUAAAUUUUUAUUUUCCAUCUUGUGGAACUAUACCACCACCUGUUAUCAUGGUGCAGAAUGUGAGUUUUCGUUACAAUGAAAAUUCUCCCUGGAUAUAUAAAAAUUUGGAAUUCGGUAUUGAUUUAGAUACUAGACUUGCUUUAGUUGGUCCUAAUGGUGCAGGAAAGAGUACAUUAUUAAAAUUACUUUAUGGUGAUUUGGUCCCUACAAGUGGUAUGAUACGUAAAAAUAGUCAUCUACGUAUAGGAAGAUAUCAUCAGCAUUUACAUGAGCUUUUAGAUUUGGAUAUUUCUCCAUUGGAUUAUAUGAUGAAAGCUUUUCCAGAUGUUAAAGAACGAGAAGAAAUGCGCAAAAUUAUUGGUCGUUACGGACUUACUGGACGUCAACAAGUCUGUCCAAUUCGUCAAUUAUCUGAUGGUCAACGUUGUCGUGUAGUAUUUGCUUGGUUGGCUUGGCAAGUACCACAUUUAUUACUUCUUGACGAACCUACAAAUCAUCUUGAUAUGGAAACAAUAGAUGCACUUGCAGAAGCAAUUAAUGAUUUUGAUGGUGGAAUGGUUCUAGUAUCUCACGAUUUCAGAUUGAUAAAUCAAGUCGCAGAAGAGAUAUGGGUGUGUGAAAAUGGGACAGUUACAAAGUGGAGUGGUAAUAUUUUGAAUUAUAAGGAACAUCUUAAAAACAAAGUUCUCAAUGAUAAUCAGAAAAGGCAAAAGGAUUUUAUCAAUAGAGGAAAAUAAUGCAAGGCCCUUUAUUAUUCAAUAUAUAUUAAUACAUUUCUCCUUUUAUCCAGAGCACUCUCUAUUACUUUAAAAUUUUAUCUAUGGUCUUGAUCGUUUAUUGUCACUGCACUUAUGCUGCUGUGUAGCGUACCGGUGACACGAGAUUACCUAGUUAAUUUAUUUAAAUAAUACGUCAUUAAAAUAUACAACAAAUGUACACAUCUUAUGGUUAUGAAUUUCUAAUGGUGAAAAUUCUCUUUCUUUCUCUCUCUCUCUCUCUCUCUCUCUCUUUAUCUUUAUCUCUAUCUCUAUCUCUAUCUCUAUCUCUCUCUCUUUUUUUCUCCAUGCAUUUAUCCUUUUCCAUCAAUUAUAAGUUAUCCAUCAAUGUUUCUCUUGCAGCAAUGUAUCAUUAUGAGAUUAUUAAAAAUAAAUUUCAUUUUAUGUAUGAACAAUUAAAUCUCUUUUGAAGGAAGAAAAAAAAGAAAAGAAAAAUUAUAGACAUCUUUGCAAAAUUGUGAUGUGAAACUUAUACAUACAAAAAAAAAAAAAAAAAAAAACCAAGGAAGAAAAAGAACAUGCAACAUCUAAAUGUUUUAAAUAGAUGCUUUGAAAUUUUUGUUAUUGAUUAUUAAGAUGAAAUUUUUUUAUUGAUCAUAUAUAUAUAUAUAUAUAUAUAUAUAUAUAUAUAUAAUCUUAGUAAUCAAUACAUAUCUUAGAGAGUCAAAUUAAUAAUAAAAUUAUAUAUGAAAUAUUUUAAAAUUUAAUUCAUUAUCUUUUUUUAAUAAAACCUUUUAAUAAACUUGAGUAUUCCUUAAUGUUAUAAAUAAUAUCACGUGGCAAUAUCAAAAACAUUGAAAAAAAACAAUUUUUGACAGAUAUUGAUAUUUUCUCUCUCUCUCUCUCUCUCUCUUUCAUUCUUUCUCUCUCUCACUGUCCUUAUCAAAAGGCAUGCAUUUUAUAUGCAAUAAUAAAAUAUUUAAAAAAAAACCAUAAUUUUGAUAUAAUUUUCGAUAUUAUUUUCAAUGGAAAAUUAUAUAAUGUAAUUAAGAAAAUAUACGAAGCAUGAUAUAUACAAUGUCAUAACUAUGAUCAAUAUUAAUAAAAAUAUAAAAGUGCUUCGUUAUAAUUCUUACAAAAUAUAUGAUAUUUACAUUAUAUCGUAUGUAAUAUCGAUCUCGUUUGGGUCUUAUCACUUAGAGAUUAACUCUUUUUGAAAACCCAUGGUCUAACGAUGACUAUACUUUUAUAUUAUAUUAAUCAUUGUCGGUCAAUGUAUGUAUAUAUGUAUGUAUAUGAAAGAAAGUUCAAAAUAAGCAAAAAUAGAAUCUUUUCUUCUUUUCAUGAUGUUAAAAAAUAAUUUUCUCUUUUUCAAUGAAAAUAUUUUUAAUCAAUUAUUUAAAGUUUAUAAUUAAAAAGUCUUAUCAAGUGAAUUAAAUGAUCAAUGAAAUGGAAUAUUAUUUGAAAUUGAAAAUUUAAUCUUUAUAAAUGUUUACAAAGUAAAAUGUAAUAAUAUUUUGAAUUACAAGGAACAUCUUAAAAACAAAGUUCUCAAUGAUAAUCAGAAAAGACAAAAGGAUUUUAUCAAAGAAAAAUUAAAUAAAUAAUCAUUAAGAACUACUUCUUAUUCAUAAAUAAAAAAUAAUCAUUAAUAACUAUUUAUAAAAGUUUUUUAUUCUUAAAAUCUAAUAAUUAAAUUAUCAUCGAUUAUUAAUUAUUAAUUAUAUAAUUAAAUAUUUCAUAUUAUUAUUUUAUUCAUUUAUUGCUGCCGGUUAACAGUGGUUUGUUUGUGCGAACAAAGAAUUCAGGCAUGAUAAUUGAUCGAUUUUGACGAACAAGAUUGUAUUAAAAAAAAAAAAAAAAAAAAAA